AUGAUUUAAAUUAUUGUUAAAAUUUCUCCGAGGGAAAAUCUCAAAGUUACAGUUCCUCAACAAAUCACCGUGGAAGAUCUCAAUAACAUCGUCAGCAACACAAAGGAGGAAUAUAAUUAUAUACAUAAAAACAGAAUUCUUUAACCAAAACUAUAGUUGAUCAAUUAAAAUGUACAAGAGGGAGAUUUAAUUAUCCAAACAAUCAGAGAACGAAAAAAGUCAAAACUCAUUGAAUUAUAGGAGAUGAUAUUAGAUAAUGCUGAAGAUUAUAAAAAGAAGGUCUUGGAAUUGAUUGAAUAGGGCUAUAAAAGAGAGGAUGUGGUUUAAGCCAUGAUUCAUAAUAAGUAUGAUCUACAACAGGUGAUGACUCAUCUUAUCUAUGGAAAAAGAAGAGUUAAUUAUGAUUAAACUUAAGUAGAGGUGGAUGCUGAAGAAGUCAAGGAAAAAUUGAUGAAUUUAGAAGAACUCUAGUUAUUAAUUAAAUGUAUUAAAAGCGAAGACUGGGUCGAAGAAUUUUAUUAGUUGUAAUAAAGAAAACGAGAAAUUUUUGAUAUAUUUAUGCAAAACACAAUGGCCUUGGUGGAGUUGAUUGCAGAAUUAUUAUCUAAUUGA